AUGUCAGACACAACGCCCGACCAGGUCAUAUCCAAAGACUUUGGUAGAACAACGGCGACCGAUCUUUCCUCGACCAUCGGAAGUGACUCCGGCCAUGAUCUUCAUUCCGUCAGACGUGGCGAGGCUCUCGGGGAAGCUUUGUCGAGCCAAGAAAGUAUUGAUGGCUACAAUCCUGACCUGAUGAGUGGGAGGACACUUCUCACGGCACAAGAAGAAAAGAAGCUGCUACGCAAGAUUGACUGGCGGUUAAUGACGCUUUGCUCGCUCAUCUUCAUGUUCAAGAAUUUGGACAGCAACAAUGCAUCAAAUGCUCGUAUUAUGAACCAAGGAACAGACCAGAAUAUUAUGACACAGCUUGGGAUUGCAUCAAACGAGUACAAUCUUGUGACUGUCCUCUAUUAUGUCCCAUAUAUCGUUUUAGAAGCACCCUCAAACCUUUUUCUCAAGAAAUUUUUUCCUUCAAAAUGGCAGUCCAGGAUUAUGAUCAGCUGGGGUGUUGCUUUAAUGUGCAAUGCUGCAGUGAAAAAUAAGGGGGGGCUAUACACAACACGAUUCUUGCUAGGUCUAGCUGAAGCUGGGCAGUUCCCUGGUGUUAUCCUCCAGAUGACAUAUUGGUAUCGACCGGAUGAGAUGUCAUUGCGACUGCUUUACUUUUAUAUCUGCGGAAACGUCUCGGGUAUCUUCAGUGGUCUUCUCGCCUACGCCUUUGACACUGUGUCAGGUGCGGCAGGGCUUUCCGGAUGGCAAUGGCUGUUUCUCACUGAGGGCAUUGCGACCGUGAUCUUUGGUGUUGCGAUCGCCUUCCUACUACCAGACUUUCCCGAGACAGCAAAGUGGUUGACCAAAAGAGAGAAGAAGUUUAUUCAAGAUCGGCUACCAGCUAACGCUCCGCGAGCGAACGAGCAAAACUUCAAUUUCCGGGAAGUCAUCGAAUCGCUGAAAGAUGUGAGAUUGUGGCUUUUCACAUUGAUCUGGGCUUCCUUUACCGUUGGAACCAACGGCGUCACCUUCUAUCAAUCGACCGUGAUCGCGAGUCUUGGCUACACGACCGUUGCUCAAGCACAACUGCUCAAUAUCCCUAUCACAGUCUGCGGUCUUUUAUUCAUUGCUGUCACAGGCAUCGCAGCAGACCGCAGUCGCAUACCUCGGCCUCUAUACCCACUCUCUUUCCUCAUCGUGAUCAUGAUCUGUUACGGUGUGUUCGUAGUGUAUCCUAGUACAGGCGCUGUAUAUGCUGUGACAUUGAUUGGAAAUGCCCUACAUGCGGGAUGGUUUCCAGUCAUGUGGCCGUGGCGCGUGCAGACUACGUCCCGAGCUACAGGAUCUGCUUUCUCCAUUGGGUUCGUCAACAGCUACGGCCAAAUCGGAGGUGCCAUCGGUCCCCAGUUGUUCAACAGCAAAUACGCCCCGCGCUAUACACUGCCUUUCUCCGUGGCCAUGGGCUUAGUUGGUCUAUGCGCAAUCCUGACGCUGAUUACAUGGUGGGUGACUUGGGAUACGGAGCGUGAUACUAGGCGCCUGAAGCUUGCCAAAAUCGCAGCGGAGAAAAGGGGCGAGACUAUUUUGGAAGAUAUUGUGGACAAUGACUUGAGGGCUCGUUAA